AUGGUCGCCCAAGAGAUCGCAGAGACGGAGGCAGAGGUUCGUGAGUACGAGGCCGGCCUUCGUAACAAGCAAGAGCGCGGCAAGAUGGAUGAGGCCAAUGCACCUGAGAUCAAGGCUCGUUCUACCAUCGGUUACAAGAAGAACGCUGCUCCUAGAGCCAUGAAAGACGAGCCUGGAAGUGGAGAUGGAAAUGUCAAUAGCGAAAGCACCACCACCUCUGCUGGAGACGGCAAGAAGACCGGUAAUAACGUCACCGACGACAACUCCGCCAACAAAGUCUCCUAA